AUGCAGGCGGCCAUACAAAGAGAUAGCGAUCAGCUGCACGUGACGGUAGAGGUUAUGAAGGAGGGGAUCCUUGCAGAGGUGGAGGAAAGAAUGAGGACAGUUGUGAGAGAGGAGUCGCGCCGGCGUGGGCAUCGACAGGAGGAAGAGGAUCGGGUUGCAGAGGAGGCGAGGAGGAAGCUGGCAGAAGAGGUGGAGCGCCUUAAGAAGCAGCGACAGGACGAGGAGGAGCAACGGGCUGAAGAGGAGAGGAGGAAGCUGGCAGAGGAGGCAGAGCGCCUGGAAAAGAGGCGACAUGAGGAGCAGGAUCAGAGGGCUGCAGAUGAGACAAGGAUGAACCUUGCUGAGGAACUGGCUGAGGAGGCGGAGCGCCAGAAAAAACAGCAACAGGAUGAGCUGGAGAAGAGGGCUGCAGAGGAGACAAGGAGGAAGCUGGCUGAGGCGGAGAGCCUGAAAAAGCAGCAACAGGAGGAGCAGGAGAAGAGGGCUGCCGAGCAGACACGGAGAAAGCUGGCAGAAGAAGUGGAGCGCCUGAAGAAGCAGCAACAGGAGGAGCACGAGCUGCGGGCUACAGAGGAGAGGAGGAGGAAUGCGCUCAUCUCAGGGUGUAUCCCAGUGACGUUUUUCCGCAAGCACGACAACCCCUGGCAGCGCCGAGUUGACUCAUACGUCUCUCCCCCCUCUCCCUCCUCCUCCCUUUACCACCCCGCUCCUCCCCCUACCGCACCCGCCACCCACCAGGCGCUCAUCUCGAGGCAUCCCAGCGCUCAUCUCAGGGCGCUCAUCUCAGGCGCUCCCUCGGUGACUCUUGAGUCGACUGAAGGGUCCCUCCCCCUCAUCCCCUUAUCCCCUCCCCCCCCCACUUCCCCCACUGCCCCCUCGGCUGCCCACCAGGCGCUCAUCUCAGGGUGCAUCCCAGUGACGUUUUUCCGCGAGCAUGAGAACCCGUGGCAGGACACGCUCAACUACGAUGCCUUCUCCGUCAACAUCGACCCUGAUGACAUGCCGACGAUGAGAGAAAGGCUGGAGAAGGCUAAUGUUGCUGUGCUGCAGAAGGGUGUAGAGCAGGUAGCAGCCAGGCUGGAGGAGGCGGACAUGGCCAUGCUGCAGAAGGGCGUGGAGCAGGUCCAGGUGCGCGCUUGCGUGUGA